AUGAAAGAUUUUGUUAAACUCAUAGUUGUAAAGGUAAGUGUUGAAGAUGGUAACCACAUUAGAGAAGGUGAGGCAGAAACCAUGGUAGCUGGUGGGACUGAAGCUGUAGUCAUGCCUACUGGGAUUGUUCUCCUUGCACCUGCAAAAUCAAUUGCUUCUAAUGCAGGUGUCGAUGGAGAAAUUCUUGUAGAGAAGACUAGAACUUGUAAUUGGCAAACUGGAUACGAUGCAAUGACAGGCAGAUAUGAAGAUCUUCUCAGUGCUGGAGUUGUAGAUCCUUGUCAGGUUUCAAGGUGUGCACUUCAAAAUGCAGUGUCAAUUGCUGGUGUAGUUCUUAUCACUCAAGUUGUGUUGGUGGAAAAGAUGAAGAAACCUAAGCCAGCUAUGCCUCAUGUUCCAAUCAAAACUCCUUAA